AUGCCUAUCUUAAACCACACUGGGGUAAGUCACACUGUCUUCCACCUGCUGGGCAUCCCUGGCCUAGAGGACCAGCAGGUGUGGAUUUCCAUCCCUUACCUCAUUUCCUACAUCAUUGCUCUGCUUGGGAACAGCCUGCUCAUCUUCAUCAUCCUCACAAAGCGCAGCCUCCAUGAGCCCAUGUACCUGUUCCUCUGCAUGCUGGCUGGAGUGGACAUUGUCCUCUCCACCACCACAGUACCUCAGGCCCUGGCCAUCUUCUGGUUCCAUGCUGGGCAGAUCUCCCUGGAUCGCUGCAUCACUCAGCUCUUCUGCCUCCAUUCCACCUUCGUCUCUGAAUCAGGGAUCCUGCUGGUGAUGGCGUUUGAUCGUUACAUCGCCAUUUGCUAUCCACUGAGAUACACUUCUGUUAUGACAAAUGGUCUGAUUGGGAAAAUUGGUGUGACUGUGUUUCUAAGAAGUUAUGGUACAGUUUUUCCUGUAAUAUUUUUAGCCAAAAGACUGACAUUCUGCAAAGGCAACAUCCUUUCAAACACUGGUUGUACGCACAUUUUCUUGGCUAGAAUUUCCUGUGAUGACAUUCGAAUAAAUAUGUGGUAUGGUUUUUUUGUCCUAAUGUCAACAGUUGUCUUAGACAUUGUGCUGAUUUUUGUUUCAUAUGUGCUGAUUCUCCACGCUGUCUUCCGUAUCCCAUCCCAAGAUGCUCGCUACAAAGCUCUCAAUACUUGUGGCUCCCAUGUCUGUGUCAUUAUCCUCUUUUAUGGGCCUGGCAUCUUUACCACCCUCACGCAGCGGUUUGGACGCCAUAUUGCACCACAUAUUCAUAUUCUCCUAGCCAAUGUCUGCACACUGGCUCCCCCUAUGCUGAAUCCCAUCAUCUAUGGAGUCAAGACCAAACAGAUUCGGGAUCAAGUGUUUCAUGCGCUGUUUACAAAGCAGAAGUGA